AGUAACAAAUUUUGGGUAUUUUCGACUUUGAGAAAUAAAAGUGAUCGAUACUCCUUAUGGGUAAUCAAUGGUUUCUCUACUUUCUUUUGUUCACUUUAGGAAAUCCAGAAGAAGGCACUGAAUACAUCUUCUACUCAAACAUCACUCACAUCUCGUACAUAUCCACUGACGGUGGAGAUUCUGUUGCCUUUGCAUCAUCUGGCAGUGCCACGUUAGAUUAUGACGAACUGAAUUAUCGGAUUUGGUAUACGGAAGAUGUUAAUCUGUAUAACGCUAAGUUGGAUGGAAGUGACUUGCGACGUUUACUGAAAGCGCUAGCUUCUGACAAAUUAUUUGCCGUUGACGCAGCCAAUCAAACUGUCUACUACCUGAAUGGUGAAAAGAUUAAAUCAAUCGACUAUAAUGGCAGUAGUUUACCAGAUAUUGGGUUAGAAGACGCUGUUUACCAGGACUUAAAAAUUGAUACUUACAAUAGAUCAAUAUUUCUCACUACUGAUACAACGAACAAUCGCAAUCUCAUCCGGUACAGUCUUGCUGAUGGAACUAUUCAUAUUCUUCACUUUGGUGUCAAUGAAAUAGGCACUCACCUUGCGCUUGAUACCGUGAAUAAAACCGUAUAUUGGAUUCUAUUUACAACUGACUCAAAUUACAAGAUAUUGAAAACAACGUACGAUGGUCUGACUUCACAGAUAGGAACAGAUCAAUCAGGAGGCAUUACAACCGUGGACAUUGCAGACGGAAAUGGAUAUUAUUAUAUCCUCGACACCAUAACAUCACAAAUUGAUAAAUAUGAUAAAUCGACGAAUACAGUGGCUGCUACGAUUUCACUUUCAACUGAAGCCACAAGAAUGAUUGUUGUAUCUGAUAAGGAUUAUUGUUUUUUAAAUAAUACUUGUCCUGCAAACUCGACGUGUACAAACUCUCCUGGUACUAUCGUCUGCUCAUGUGACGAAGGAUUCACUGGGAAUAAAACAAUUUGUGAAGAUGUAGACGAGUGCGCGAAAACGGCAUGUGGUUUAAACUCAAACUGUACAAACACAAUCGGUUCGUAUCUCUGUGAAUGCCAAGCUGGUUUCAACGGAAAUGGUAGAAACUGUACAGAUAUAAAUGAAUGCCAGAGUAGCCCUUGUGAUAUGAAUGCAAACUGUUCGAAUAGCGAUGGUUCGUUUACAUGCACUUGCAAUGAAGGCUUUGAAGGCAACGGCACCAGCUGCACAGAUGUCAACGAAUGUAAACGAGAUGCUCCGUGUCAUGCAAAUGCAACUUGCGCAAACGUGAAAAGAUCAUACUACUGCACUUGCAAAACUAACUAUACUGGAGAUGGCUUCUUUUGUGAAGCUCUCGUUUGCACAGUGGAUGCCCUAUACUAUGCAACAACCAGUGCUAUCAAAGGCGUCUUCUCUGACGGUAACUCGACUGCGACCAUAUUAUCCGCAACCAACGCGAAACUAAAUUAUGAUUCUGGCACCAAAAGGCUCAUCUACUACGAUGGUAGCAAACUCAUCACAGUUAAACCGGAUGGGAGUGAUCCGAUGACAAUCAGAGGAUCUCUGACGACUCUUGACAGGUUUACUGUGGAUUAUAUAAAGAGAAAGGUUUACUUCAUUGGUAAUCUUUUCAGGAAAGUGGGUAUCGUUGACGUAGAUACUGGAAAUUUAAGUGAUCUAAAUCCAUUCGACAUUGUAAAUGCCUAUGACUUGGACAGUGAUCCAACUAACAAUACUCUUGUAUUCGCUGAUAUCGAAAACGGCGAUAUCGUUCGCUAUUAUCUCGACAAAGAUACCCAGGAGAUUAUUUACCAUAACAAUACGUCACCAAAAUAUCUUUCCGUCGAUUCUCAAUAUGAAGUGAUAUACUGGAUUGACUAUAUCAGUGCCAGCAGUAGUUUUUCUCUCAUGAAAACAUAUUUUAAUGGUUCAACUUCGCAAAUCAAGUUAUACUCUGGUGUAACAAGCUCAGUAAACGUUGCAAUAGGAGAGGAUUAUUUCUAUACAAUGGAUAGCACAAGGCAAAGUAUAGAUAGAUUUGACCGACCCACUGCUACUUUUCAAGGUUCAUUUGAUCUCAGCGACAAACCACAGGAGAUCACUGUUGUUCAAGACCUAGAUGAAUGUUGUGAAGGCGGGUAUUGUCAUGAUAACGCAACGUGCACCAACACUCCAGGGAGUUAUUUCUGUACCUGCAAACUUGGAUUUACCGGAAAUAACACAUAUUGUCAAGAUAUCAACGAAUGUGAACCAGAUGCUCCGUGUCAUGCAAAUGCAACUUGCACAAACGUGGAAGGAUCAUACUACUGCGCUUGCAAAACAAACUAUAGUGGAGAUGGCUUCUUUUGUGAAGCUCUCGUUUGCACAGUGGAUGCCAUAUACUAUGCAACAACCAGUGCUAUCAAAGGCGUCUUCUCCGACGGUAACUCGACUAAGACCAUAUUAUCCGCAACCAACGUGAAACUAAAUUAUGAUUCUGGCACCAAAAGGCUCAUCUACUAUGAUGGUAGCAAACUCAUCACAGUUAAACUGGAUGGAAGUGAUCCGAUCACAAUCAGAGGAUCUCUGACGAAUCUGGACCGCUUUACUGUGGAUUAUAUAAAGAGAAAGGUUUACUUCAUUACUAGUCUUUUCAAGAAAAUGAGUAUCGUUGACUUAGAUACUGGAAAUUUAACUGAUCUAAAUCCAACCGACAUUGUAAAAGCCGAUGACUUGGACAGUGAUCCAACUAACAGUUCUCUUGUAUUCGCUGAUAUCGUAAACGGCGAUAUCGUUCGCUAUUAUCUCGACAAAGAUACCCAGGAGAUUAUUUACCAUAACAAUACGUCACCAAAAUAUCUUGCCGUCGAUUCUCAAUAUGAAGUGAUAUACUGGAUUGACUAUAUCAGUGCCAGCAGUAGUUUUUCUCUCAUGAAAACAUAUUUUAAUGGUUCAACUUCGCAAAUCAAGUUAUACUCUGGUGUAACAAGCUCAGUAAACGUUGCAAUAGGAGAGGAUUAUUUUUAUACAAUGGAUAGCACAAGGCAAAGUAUAGAUAGAUUUGACAGACCCACUGCUACUUUUCAAGAUUUAUUUGAUCUCAGCGACAAACCACAGGAGAUCACUGUUGUUCAAGACCUAGAUGAAUGUUGUGUAAGCGGGUAUUGUCACGAUAACGCAACGUGCACCAACACUCCAGGGAGUUAUUUCUGUACCUGUAAACUUGGAUUUACCGGAAAUAACACAUAUUGUCAAGACGUUGAUGAAUGUCAAACAUCCUCCCCAUGCCAUUCCAAUGCUACGUGCAAUAACACAGAUGGAUCUUAUAUUUGCACAUGUGAUUCUGGAUAU